AUGAUCCGCUGUACGCCUAGCAUAAUUACUCUCAUAUUUGAAGUUGUUUGUGUUUCUCCGCAUCUGCAGAAUGAUCUUUGUCGUGUGUUGGUAGUUUAUUCCAUAAAUCAGCGAGACGACGCCGAGCGAGAGGUUUUUGCUUCUAGGAUUGAACAGCCAAUUGUCGUGUACAUUUAA